AUCUUAAAGGGAGCCGGAGCCAAAGAAUACCCGAGUUGGCGGUGGCAGCUGCGAAACCUGUGGGGUAAUGUCAUGUGGCUGCAGGGGGUACCGCCCGCGCCCCUCUAAUGCCCACUCUCAGGGCCAUGGAGCCCACACGAGACUAUCCGCUGUUCGGAGGCGCCUUUUCCGCCAUGCUCCCCCUGGAGACCCUUGAUGUAAGCGACCUCCGACCGGUCCCGGACAAUCAAGAAGUUUUCUGCCAUCGCGCGACGGACCAGAGCUUGAUCGUGGAACUUCUGGAGCUGCAGGCCCACGUGCAGGGCGAGGCGGCUGCGCGGUACCAUUUUGAGGACGUUGGUGGGGUGCAGGGAGCUAGGGAGGUGCAAGUGGAAGCUGUGCAGCCCCUCCCUGUGGAGAGCCUAGCCCUGAGGGGCUGCUGUCAAGAAGCCUGGGUCCUCUCUGGCAAGCAAAAGGUGGCUAAAGAAAACCAACAGGUAGCAAAGGACGUGACACUGCACCAGGCCUUGCUGCAGCUGCCCCAGUACCAGACUGAUCUCCUGCUCACCUUCAAUCAGUCACACCCUGAGAUCAGGUCAUCUCUUGGCCCUGAAAAUCUGUCACCCCCGCCUUGGAGCCUGGAUGACUUUGAACUGCUGGUGACCAGUCUGACCCUUCAUGAUCCCAACAUCUUUGGUCCCCAGUAAAAACACUGAAGCACCGCACAAUGCUACUCAGGACUGAGAGGCCCAGUUGUGGAGGAGAACAAGGGAUUGGAUGCCUGGGUCUCCCCUCUUCCUUCCCUAUGCAUAAACAUAAGACACCUCCUCUCUGCAGAAAUAAACUUGCUUUAUAACCAA